GUUGUUUCCAGAGUCGGUGAGAAAAACUUCUCCGAAACGGCUAGACUGAUCGACUUGAAAUUUUCAUGUGUUCUUCUUAGAUAUAUUUGUCAUUACCUGAUUGAUGGUAAUCAUAAUUUUAAGCGAGAAAAUCUUGCCCACCGCCAGACACCUUUUUCGGAAGUCUUACUUUAGAUCGGCUACAGGAUCAAGGGAAUGCAACAUUUUUCAAAAUCAAUCAUCAAUUAUUAAAGUACAUUGAAUUCUCUAAAUGUAUAAUAUUUUUAAUGCUCAAAAAAAAAAAUCACUAAAAACGCAUUUUUUCUAAAUUGCAAGUGGAUAUAUCCCUUUAAACCGCCUUUACUCUAUACUUUGAAAUGAAUUAAAAUCAGACCUGUUCUGUGAGUCCUCAAAUAUUCAUAACACCUCGUCCAAAUGUGUUUAAUAACUCAAGAAUAUUGUUUGUGGAAUGAUUGUGGUCACCUAAUCGGUACAGCUUAUCUAUGGCUAUGUUUCUUAUCAUUUCGAUUGCUUUUCACUCGAAGCACUGGUGAGAUGGUGUCAAUGCUGCUGUAUUAAUGGUGUGUAGAUCCUGUGCAAAAAACAAUGUAUCUAGAUAUGUACAUUUCCUUAUAUGCAAAUUUAAUUUAUUAUCAUAAGAAUCAGAGCCAUGUCUUAUAUCCACAGCUUAUGACUUUGUUGCUACUGUUGUUAUAAGUGUUAUUUUGGGUGGGACUUUCUUUUUUUUUAAAUAAAGGGAAAAUAUCAGACAGCAUACAUUUAUAUACAUAUGUACUAUGAUCCAACUACCGCAUUAUGUACUCCGAUAAUUAAAAAACCAGCGAUCGCGAAUUGACUUCUGAACUAUUGUACAUUUGUAAGUAUGUUUGUAUGUUAUAUAGCAAGGUUUUCAAUGUACUAAUAGUAUAUACAGACAUCGCCAUAUGUAUGUAUAGGUAUACAUAUGUAUUUAUGCGGUUUGCAGGGCUAAUGGAUUCCAUUGAUCUUAUUUGAUAAACAAUCGAUCGACUUUGUCUACGAGUUACUUUAUAUAAAGUGAAUUUACAGUUUGAUAAUUUUAAAUGUAUUAAUGCAUAUAUGGUACACGGAGGCAGAACAAAAAAUUGAUAAUACAAAAUAUAAUUGCAACAACACAUGUUAAACAACUAAUAGAUAGCUCUAUAUGUUUGUUUGUGUUAUAAGUAUAUGCGCCUACUCGUUAAUAGAAGUCAAACGCCGGCGCUCUUUCCAACCAAAAGCAAACCGAAAGCAGCGCUAAUUUCAUAAAUUUCACAAUAACCACAGAAGCACAUGAGCGGCCAGUAGCUUGGGCUGUUCAGAACGGUGAUGGCUAUGAAGAGCGCGACGGUGAGAAAUGUGCUGCAGAUGCGCACGAAAGCAAAAUUUCCAAAUCUCAAACGAAAGCGAAAUUAAACACACGGAACAAAUGAAAAAAGCAAACAGCAAGCACCCAAAGUCAUGCUGAAUAAACUUCAAGAACACACUGGUACGUAAGCACAUAUAUUUGUAUGCGUAUGUGUAUGUAUGUGAAAUAAAUCGCCAGCAGCGAUAAACGCUGUAAUGCCACGCAAAGAGCAAGCGCAAAGAGACGACCAACGCGGUUAUUGUGCGGCAAAUGCUCUCGGGCUCUCCGCAUGGCCUGGCACAAUCACAUGCGUAUGUGUGUUGGUUAAAACACUAGAACGAUAGCUAGCAACGACGACGACGACUCAGCGGCGCUGACUCGACUCGACUCGUUGACGUACUUAUGUAUUGGUUGGCUGACUGGCUGACUGGUUAUUUGGUUUGCUGGUUGCUUCCGCUUCUAGACAAACGCAAAGUUCUAGUUGGGACACCGCGCUCUGUCAAUCUGGUUGAAAAUUUUCUACAUCAUACGUUUACUACGAGUUGUGUGCGUUCGCAAAGAGCAACAGAACAACGAACGCCCGUCCGCCCAUCACCAGACAGCACAGCACAGCCGAAAACAAAGCAAAACACAGCAGUUUGUGGAAACGUCUACGAAGCAAAUACACACGUUUUAAACUACGAACGUAUAUACAUAUGUGUGUAUGUUUGUGGGCAUACGCAGCGUAGAAGGGAGGAAAGCACAUUUAGAAUCGCUUUUUAAGUGCAUUGUGUUUUGUCAUAUCGGUUUGGAUUUGGAAGAUAGAAGUGCAUAUAUUCAUAAAUUCGCAGCAUAUUAAGCAAGUGCAUUGACGUGUGUUUACAUGUAUGUGUAUAUACAUAUAUGCAUAAGUGUGGCGACCAAUUGUGAAUGCAAUUGCACGACAAAGCGAAACAACAACAUCAACAACAACAACAACAAUAUCAGCUGCAGCAGCACCAGCCGUCGCACCAACCAAAACGAUAACGUUGCAAAGGUACACACGGUGUAAUAGUACAAUCAGCCACGACGACGUCUACAACGGUGUCAGCCGCUACGGCGUUCGCAUCGGAUACGCCGAAGCAACAACAACAUUCGCGACGUCGUCGUCGAACAGUCGAACCGCCGUUAUUCAGCGCCAUCACCACGGCCACGACUACGACUAGUCGUGUCGGCCGACGCGUGCGCUUGCCCGUGCAUCUCGCCACAUCGGUGACGUCGAGCGCAGCUAUAAGGGCGGCCACGGUGUCAUCCACGCUGGGUCCGAAGAAAUUGCGAAGUUUGAGAAAUUUGUUGUCGCGCGGCAAGCGAAAACCCCUCCGUGUGCGCAGCACCAGCGGCGGUGGUAGCGCUCAACAACAACAACAGCAGCGACCACAACAACAACAAAUUGUUGCUGAGCAGCAGCACCGGCAUAGUCAUAAUAAUAUCAAUGGGCAUAACACCCAGAAUAGCAUUGACAGCAAUUGUAAAAGCAAUAACAAUAACAACAACAACAACAACACAAACACAGCUCAACACAACGACAGCGCGAUGAAAGUGAAGGAGCACGAAAAGGUGGCCGAUAAGCAUGCGAUUGCAGCCGAGGAGUUGGAUGACAGCGACGAUGACGCUAAUGAAGAUGGCACCGAUGCGUAUAAGUCCGAGAAUAACCCCCCAGCAGCGUUGGCACAGCCAUUCCACGAGAAAAUGCUCUACGACACACGAAUACGUCGAAAAAAUGUAUUGGCGCUCAACGAAAAAGUGGCCGCGAUACGCGAGUACGAAAAGUCGCCGGUGUAUAAACGUAUCGGACGCAUGUUUCACUGCAGCCCCGACCAGAUCAAGCGCAUAGUACAGCAGAAAGACAGCAUACUCGAGGCUUGGGAGCAGCGUACGCGUCGCUGUCACGACGCAAAAACGCUCGAAAUGAAAGUGGUGCGCGUCUCGAUGCUGGGCAAAGCGGUCUUCGAUUGGCUACGCCGCAUGAUUUACUACCAGGACAUACAAAUAACGGAUGGACUCAUACAGAAGACGGCGUUGCAAUUUAAAAGCGCAAUGGGCCUGCAGAAUUUCUUUCCACAUCAGGAUUGGUGUGAUAAAUUUCGACAGACAUACAAAAUCCAUACGACCGACAGUAAACUCCUGAAUAUUGGCUACACACAAGGCUAUUCCGUGCAAAUAAAGGAUGUCAUGAAGGAUGUGCUCAACGAGUGCACACCGGAUGCAGGCAGCAAGACGCAGUCGCUCGAUGACGUAGGCGACGACGAUGAUGUGGAAGAGAUUAAGGAGGAGUGUGAUAAUACGGAAAAUACAAAAGCGCAAGAUGGCAAUGCUGAACAGGAAGCAAAGCGUAGACGACUGAAGUCAGGCGGCAAUGCUCCGAGCACUAAAAGCAAUGCUGCAGGCAACAUGCCACAACCAACUGGUAGCACGCUCAAUGCAACUGGCAAUCCAAUUGUGAAACGCAUAAAUAUCACAAACCCCAACGGAAAUAUGACGAAUAAUCAAUUAGCCGCCAAUUUACAAAAGAAGAACACGCCGUCACCAGUCAUGCACAACCUUGCAACACCACAAUUGACACCAUUCCGUCAACUGGUCGCAUUGCCAUUACAAGGCAAUGUCGCAGGUAUGCCACAGAAGGUGCUGGUGGCCACACCCAUUACGCCGGCUGGUCAGAUGCCUGGCGCCAAACCAAUGACCAUGACAAUCAUACCGCUGGCGACUAUUGCACAAUCGCAGAGCAUGCAAGCGACUUCGACCACAGCUGCGGCAACUGUAACAGCUACAGCAACUGCCACACCAACUACACUGACUGCCGCACUGGCAACAGCAACCGCAACUGCUGCCACACCGGCGUCGGAUGCCGAGAAAUCAAAUGUGCCACCACCGAUGUUGGAUAUUAAGAAAGAAAUCAAGCAGGAGCCGGUUGAAAUCAAACAAGAAUAUAUUUCAGACGCUGAGGAAGACGAGCAAACGGAGCAGGAGCAAACGGAGUCUAAUGAGGUUGCUAUGAAAACAAACACUGCGUUGCAAGAGAAUGCCAUUAACAAUAAUAUUACAACAUUUACACCAGAAGUGGAUACAUCUUCUAGCGGCAGUAUGGAUGUUGCGGAGCGCGUCAGCGCGCCAGAAACAGCCGAUGAUGAAAAUAUAGCUUUAGCCAAUUUACGGCGACUCAUACAGACGCAAGGUAAACUUGUUGCAACUUCAACAGCAUCAGCAACCGUCGUACGUCCUAUCGCCGCGUCGGCUGUGCCGCCUUUGGCACCAAAACCCACAAUAUUACCCGCGACAUUAAACCCCAGCACAUCGGGCACGACUGAACGUCAGAGCUUGCCAACAUCGACGACUGCCAUUACUUGCAUACCCGCCGCCAAUAUAUCCGCUAUGAGUAGAGCCCUAUGCUUUACACCGCCCUUGCCGCCUUUGACAAAAGCACCGGAUGCCGUUAUAAAUCGCUUGGCGAAUAAACGCAAGCACGCGACAAACAAUAUGCACAUGCUGCCGCCCAUCAAAUCCUGUUCGGAGGCUCGUAAAUAUCUGAAACUUUUGGAAGAUUUCGCGCUGGUUAAGGAGAACUUUAGACUGAUCGGUUUGAUCACGCGUGCCGAUGAAGUUCUGCGAGAGCUCGACGGUGACGACGACGUGGAUGUGGAUUGAGUUGUUAUUUAUAAACUAAUUAUGAGUGUAUUAUAAUAUGUAUACAAAUACUUCUAAUUUAUAAUUAAUACAUACAUGCAUACACAGAUGUUGUAUAUUCAUGCGUAGAAUUUAAGAGUAUAGCUUUUUCUAUGAAUACCAAAGCCGGUAAUUGUUACCAUAGUUUGUAAGCGAAGUGAGAAAAACGUAUGUACAUACAUACUUGUGUGAGUAUGUACGUUUAUGUAUGUACCCUAUUUACAAAGCCAUUCUUUUCAUAAAUAGCGGUUUAUAUAAACACAUAUUUCUAAGUAGAAGAGCACUAGGGACACAUUUAUGUAUAUAGUUACUAUAUUACAUACAUACACAUGUAUUGGAAUUACACAUUUUGGUUUUCAUUUGUUUUUUAUUGAAAUAUUUUAUUUUUCAAAUGAGUUUUAAUACUUUAUUUAAUAUUUUUUUGCACAAGAAGUAAAUACAUAUGUUUGUAUGUAUACAAUGAAAUAAUAUUAUUGCAAAUGUGUACAUACAUAUGUAUGUAUGUAUGUACGUAGGUGCUUAUAUCUUUUAGAGAAGCUACUGAUUCAAUUAAAAAUUUAAUAAAAAUGAAUUUGAAAAAAAAA